AUGAAUAUAAUAUCUAAAGUUAGACUAUCUUUUAAACAACAACCUCCACUUUCAACUCCAAAAUUAAAUGAAUCAAAAUAUAUAGAAAAUGAAGAUUUUAAAAGCAAGAAGGAAAUAAGGUCAAUUACUAAAACACUUAAAUCAAGAUCAAGGUCUCAAUCUCCUACACCUUUAAAAGAUACAUUAGCAAAUUCAACAUCAACCACAAUUUCAACAAUAACUCCAAAAAAUGGUAAUCAUAAUAGUCAUUCAAGAAAUUCUUCAAUAACAUUUCCUGGUGGUGAGAUUCCAGAAGAUUUUGGAUUACCACCAAUAAAUAAAUUAAAUGAUGUUGAUUAUUUACAAAGAUUUGAAGUUAUUAGAUAUCUUGAUGCUUUUAAUAUUUAUCAUGAUGGUAAAUCAAAUGAAGAAGAAUUGAGAAAUAUACUAAAAGAUAAUUUGAAUUUGAAAAGAAGAAGCUUUUUCAGCUUUUAA